AUUUAACAGCACGCUACAGAAGCACGAGAGCCAACCCAAGAGAGUUGCCGGACCGCGCCGCUAACAUAGUAAAUGUACGAAUAAAAUACACACUUGGAAAAAGAGAGAAAAAUUAGGGCCAUUGGGAAGGCUAAAGUGUGCACUCUUGGCAAUCAAAGCGUAUCUACAGUAAAAGCAAUCCCCCGCAUUCGCGUACGGAAAACCUAAGAUUAGGUGACUUAGAAGGACGACAGCGAUAGCGAUCCCAAAGGCAGGACAAAUGGCGGAGAACGGACUGCGCUUGCCAGGGUCAUCCACGGUGGCUUCAACUACAGCAGUAACCGGCGGGGGAUCAGGAACCGCAGCGACGUCCGGAACUGGAGUGGUGGCCUCCAGUAGCAGCGGAGGAACCAGUAACGGGGAGCACGAGAACGAACACAACGCAAAUGCGGACAGCGAGAAGGCUCAGCCAGCGCCGGCGGUCCAAAAGUACAUGCAGGAACUCAUGACGGAGCGGUCGCGCAUGGAAAAUCACUUCCCCCUGGCGGUGAAGCUGAUUGACGAAGCUCUUGAACGAGUGCAGCUAAACGGGCGUAUCCCCACGAGAGAUCAGUAUGCCGAUGUUUAUCAGCAACGCACCAUAAAGCUAUCGCAAAAGGUGCAUGUGCCUAUCAAGGACAAGAAAUUCAACUAUGUGGGAAAGCUACUAGGACCCAAAGGAAACUCGCUGCGCCGCCUACAGGAAGAGACGCAGUGCAAGAUCGUAAUACUUGGCCGUUUCUCAAUGAAAGACCGCGCCCGAGAGGAGGAGCUGCGCAACUCCGCGGACGCCAAGUACGCUCACCUGAAUCUUCCACUUCACGUUGAGGUGUCCACAAUUGCUCCGCCCGCUGAGGCGUACGCUCGUGUAGCCUACGCACUGGCCGAGAUCCGUCGCUAUCUCACGCCAGAUAAACACGAUGACAUCCGCCAGGAGCAGUACCGCGAGCUCAUGGAAGAUCCAGAGGCGGCAAAAAAGCUGACUCUUCGCCAGUUACAGCAGCAGUCGAAUGUAGCAGCAGGUGGUGGGGGAGGUGGAGGUGGAAACGGAAACGGUGGACCCGCUGGAUCCGGAAGCAACAAUGGCAACGGAAACCAACGUUCCGGCGGUAACUACAGACAAAAGUUUCAGCAACAAUCACACUAUCGCCACAACGAGGAGACUGUCUACUUUCGCUCACACAACAAUGCGUACCACCAGCCAAAACCCUAUGUGCCAGCCGCCCAGCGGGGCAAUGCCAUGCAUACCACCUUGCCGCCACAGGGGAUUGUUCGAGCUUCACCACCCGGUAUGGUCGUCAGUGCGGCCAGCUUCAAUGGUCGAAAUGCCGGACUGGGUAACGCCGGCGGGGGUGGGAUCAUGGCCAAUAGCAUCGUGGCCACCACUGGCGGUGGCAUCGGCGGUGCUGUGCCGCCCAACAUGCGCUACCGUCCCGCUGCCCCAUUCCAGUUUGUCAAGAAAUAAUACAGAUGGGAGGAUGCACCACCCUCUGCCGUUCGCUGUUUGUUCAACUAUUUCUCACCAUCAUUGAUGCCUCAUCCGGAAGUAUUUACGCCCAUCUGUCAUGCCCAUCCCAACACCCACACACAGCUCCAAAGGUAGAUGUAGUAACUAUGAGAACAUUGGAAACUUGUCAUGCAUUGAUUUCACCAAGAUUUCGGCAGGGUGGAAACCAAGGCGAAACUAAUGAGUAAAUGUAUGUUUAAGAAAACUAGCCUAAGUAGUCGAAUGCUCCGAGGAACAGACGAACACCUCAACCACCAAACCAAACCAACUAACCGACCAGAUAAAGACCCACCACCCCACACGCACGCAAGCCCUCUUUUAGGAUUGGGAUUGACGGAUCACGAGGGUCUGUCUGAGACUUUGGAUUCGUUUGUUGGGCCCUGCGAGCAUUUGGAAAAGGAAAAUUGAAGAAGGUAAUAGGAGAUAGGAGGUAAAAAACGCCUCGAUGUUGGAUUGGGCCGAAUCGAAUGGACGUAUUCAGGGAUGAUCCCAGUCGAGCCAGAUCCCCUUGUUUUGUUUUGUCGCAUAUUAUAUACAUUUUUAUUUUAUCACUGACGCAUGCGAAGAUUUCAUCAAAUUCUAAUUUAUAUUAAUGAAUAUAUAUCUCCUUUAUGUUUACACUUAUACGUAUCCUCCCUGCAGUCGCUUAAUCCUAAUGCUUUUCCAACUCUGCGUUUAAGUUUAUCCUAUUUUUUGUUUAAUGCAUUUUUAAUUACGUUUACGUUUAGAAGAGGAGGCUUUUUAUUUUUAUUUGUUACGUCGCCAGGACAAAAAAACCAACUGCAAAUUAUCAUGAAUAAUAUAUAACAAGUAUAGACAAGCGGUAUGAUUUAUUACACAUAGUGCAUAUGAAACACCACACGAUCACAAGCGCGUACGUAUAUUCACAGCAUCAGCAUAUUCACGUAAAACCUUAAAGUUUAAACCAAAUGAACAUUAUAAACGCAAACGCGAAUCUACAAGAGAUCGGCGCAGAAGCCCGAUGACGCCUACGACAAUGCAACGGACAUAGCAAGCCACAUCCGAUCAGAGAAAAAUAAGCAAACACAUGCAUACAUACAUACAUAAUUGUUAUUGUUGUUGAAAGCAACUAAAAUUGUAAUAGAAAUUACGCAAAUAUACAUACGAAUAUGACGACAAAUGUUAA